CUACACAACAAACUGCUAAAAUGAGAGGAAAACUCUCCGCUAAUGUUCAGUGAUGUAGAGAGAUGUAGACAAACGAUGUCCGGUUCGCUCCGGAAAUGACGUCGCUCCCGAAGUCGCUCCGUUGCUAUGGGUGUUCUCGAGCUGUAUGAUCAGCGAUAGAAGAAAUAAAUAAACAAGCAAACAAACAAAUAAUGAGUUUAUCAGGAUGAACUGAUCACUGAUCGCAUCGUCAGCUCGCACUGCAGGUGGAGUGUGUGUGUUGUGUGUGUGUGUGUGUGUGUGUGUGUGUGAUGGCUGGUAAAGUGAAGUGGGUGACAGACAUUGAGAAAUCGGUGCUGAUCAAUAACUUUGAGAAGAGAGGAUGGAUCCAAGUGGCCGACAGCGAUGACUGGAACUUCUACUGUCUGAUUUCAUCAAGUCCUCAUGGGCAGAAGUUCAUUAGAUGUUGUACCGUGCACAGGAUGAGUAUCCAGACCAUCAGGAACGUCUUCAGCGUGGACACCGGCUACCGGCUGUCAGAUGAUCAGAUGGUCAAUCACUUCCCCAACCACUACGAGCUGACCCGAAAAGAUCUGAUGAUCAAGAACAUCAAGCGCUACAGAAAAGAGCUGGAGAAAGAGUGCAGUCCACUGGCAGAGAAAGAUGAGAGUGGGAAACACAUUUAUCUGGAUUUCGUGCCGGUGACCUUCAUGUUGCCGUCGGACUACAAUCUGUUUGUGGAGGAGUUCAGGAAGAGUCCGUCCAGCACGUGGAUCAUGAAGCCGUGUGGGAAAGCUCAGGGGAAAGGCAUCUUCCUCAUCAACAAACUCUCUCAGAUCAAGAAAUGGUCUCGAGACAGUCGCACGUCCACGUUCGUGGCAGCAAACAGUGGGAAGGAAGCGUAUGUCAUCUCAUUAUACAUUGACAAUCCUCUGUUGAUCGGAGGGAAGAAGUUUGACUUGCGUCUGUAUGUGUUGGUCACCAGCUAUCGACCUCUCAAAUGUUACAUGUAUAAACUGGGCUUCUGUCGCUUCUGUACGGUGAAAUACACGCCCAGCACCAGUGAACUGGACAACAUGUUCGUCCACCUCACCAACGUUGCCAUCCAGAAGCACGGAGGCGACUAUAAUCAUGUCCACGGAGGAAAGUGGGCGGUCAGUAACCUGCGUCUGUAUCUGGAGAGCACCAGAGGACACGACGUCACCGAUCACCUGUUUGAUCAGAUCCACUGGAUCAUCGUCCAAUCACUGAAAGCAGUAGCUCCGGUCAUGAACAAUGACAAGCACUGCUUCGAGUGUUACGGUUAUGACAUCAUCAUCGAUGAUAAACUCAAACCGUGGCUGAUCGAGGUGAACGCGUCUCCUUCUCUGACCUCCAGCACAGCCAACGACAGAAUCCUGAAAUACAACCUCAUCAACGACACGCUGAACAUCGUCACGCCCAACGCAGAAAUCCCAGAGUGCCGCUGGAACCGCAGCCUGCCGAGAGAGGCUCUGGGACACUAUGAAGUGCUUUACGACGAAGAGCAGGCCAUGAGCGAGAGCGCCGAGCGUGACCUCCGGGGCCGAUCGGGUCAGUCAUCGGGGUCAAAGGGCACGAGAUCCAGCAGCGUCCGCCCUUUCCCUGCCACCUGGAAGUGAUGUCAUCUGACCACGGCCCUUCAGUCUGGAGUGACGAGAGACUUCAGAAGAGUUCGGACCCUGCAUGAUCUGACUGAUAGAUGUAUGAACGUGUGUGCCGCACAAACCCUGUUCGCAUGAUACCAACGUGCCUUUACAGGCAAUUCUGACAUCUGCAACGUUUGAAGAAAAGGUUUACAGUAGAAAUACAAUGAAAUAUAGAAACAACACACUGGACCACAUGGUUAAGUUCACCUAAAAAUUUAAAUUCUGUCAUCUUUCGCUCAGCCUCAUGUCAUUUCAUACCUGUAUAAAUUACUUGGAAGAAUGUUAGCAAUUUUCAAUUCUGUGACUUCAUUGACUUCCAUUGUAGGAACAAUGUAAUGGAUGCCCCGGAAGUGUUUGUGUUCCUAAAUAUCUCACUUUAUGUCCAACAGAACAAAAAAAAGCUGCAAUAUUUGUUUCCUACAAUGGUCGUGGAUGAUGUCACAGAACUGAAAAUGGCUAACAUUCUUACAAAUGAAUGUAAGAAUCUCUCUCUUUGUGUUUAACAGAACAAAGACAUUUUUACAGGUCUAAAACAUCCUGGGGCUGAGCAAAUGAUCAUUUUUGAGUGAACUAGCCUUUUAAGUGUUAUUUUAAGCUAUUUUAAAAUUUUGAAUACGUAUGUUUGUCUAAUUUCUUGUUUAUUUAUUUGUUACAGCAAAAAAUGUGUGUCGAGAGCAUACUGUAUGAAAUACUCUAUUGAUCUGUGUUAAGAUUGUGUUCUCUUUAAACAAUCUCAAGUUUUAACUCACACCGAAAGUGUCUCUCUUUUGAAAAUAAAGUAACACAAUCGAAAUGAAUGAAACAGAUAAAAUAUUAAAGUGCAGUAUUCUCGUUGAA